AUGAAGACCUUCACCAUCGCUACCAUCGUCGCUCUGGCCUCCGUCGGUGCCGCUCAGCUUGACAACAUCCCGUCUUGCGCUCUCAACUGCUUCGUCGGUCCCCUCACCAGCGACGGCUGCUCCUCUCUCACCGACUUCGCAUGCCACUGCAAGAAGGGCGCUCAGCUCCUCUCCCAGGUCCAGCCCUGUGUUCAGGGUGCCUGCGGUCCUUCCGACCAGGCCGCCGCCAUCUCCGCUGUUGAGUCCACCUGCUCUGCCGCUGGUGCUCCCAUCAGCAUCCCUGAUGCCAGCGCUCCCGCUGCCAGCUCUGCUGUAGCCUCCGCUACAUCUGCUGCUGCCUCAGCCGCCACCUCCAUGGCUUCCUCCAUGGCCUCCGAGGCAUCCUCUGUCCUCUCCGAGGCCUCUUCUGCUGUCGCAUCGGCUGCCUCUUCCAUGUCAUCCGAGAUGUCCAUGUCCGAGUCCAUGUCCAUGACCGCCACCCCUACCGGCACCGGCAGCAUGAGCAUGACCCCCUCUGCCUCCAUGUCUGAGUUCACCGGUGGUGCUGCUCAGGCUACCCAGGCUGUCGGUAUCCUCGGUGCCGCCGCCCUUGCCAUGUUCGCUUUGUAG